AUGUUUCGUUGCGGUAGCCUGCCUCAACCUGGUGUCUCCAUUACGGUGGCCACUUCGCCCUCACACUGUUCCUCCACCACGGCAUCUGAACUGGGUCUCCUCGAAUUCGCUAAAGGCGCCACUUCCUCUUGCUCAUCAGUUACGGCCUCUUCGUCCGAGAUGGGUUCAGCUGCCGGAUCUGAAUUGGAUGGUUCCGAAAAUGAUGAAGAAAGUGUUGCCCGGCCGGCUGUAGCACGAGCUCACAAACUGACUAGUGCUCGACUGGUACCAAUUGCUGAAUUCGAGUCGCGCAUGGAGACCACACUUGCUUGGAUGUUGGGAAUGGAAGAGCAUUUGAUAAGAAAUAGUGGCGAGGACAACCUGGUGACACGAAAACGAUGGCGCAAGCGGGGUGAUGGAAAUCGUCGUAUUACCUCAUCUUUGUUAGGUAGCGGAGUAGAGACGAGAAACUCGCCACUCCUAAAAGAUCCAAGUUCAGCAACGAGAAGUACCGAAAUGUCUGGAGAACCUGCUAUAGAGCAACAGAAAGAAACUCUUGGUGUGUUGGAGCGAGAAGCGGGAGAAGAGGGUGAGUACACUGAAGAAGAGGAAGACGAAGAGGAUGAUGAAGAUGUUCAGAAACAGGUCGAAUGGAUUAAAGACUCUGAUUUUUUUGCAGUCGAGGAGACUUCUGACAUUCAGCAUCUGGCUGAGUUGGCCAGGCUAUCAUUUUCUGGUAGAAUCGGUGGCGAACCGAGUGUUGGAGUUAGCAGCACUGGCAGCCACAGCGUUACUAAUCCAGCGCCAGAGGGCGAAGCUUUGGUGGAGCGGAUUCACCAACGGUUACUUGAUCGGCUGGACAUGGCAAAGAAGCGUUUCGAAACGCAUGAGGUAGGUAUUUCAUGGAUUUUGUGA